CGCGACUCAAGCCGAGCCACGCUCAGGGACUUUUACUUUCUUCUCCCGUCCUUUCAUCUCUGCAAGCGGUAACACGUCUCGCCUCGAAACAAACAUGCUAACAAACAAAAAGGCAAAGUUGUAGUCUACUAAGAAAAAGGCAAAGGUCCUACGGGGAGAGAAAAGGGACGCCUGCGCGUUGCCAUAGCUACGCCUUAGUUUGGGUCCCGCUGCCUGCCGGGCUGGUAGAAAGCCUACAUGGAGGAGCAAGCUGGGCAUGUUGGCUCUUGUGUCUGUAAUCCCUGCACUUGGAAGGCUGAAGUAUGAAGAUCAGUUUAUGUUUCAGGCCAGUCAGAGGUUACUGCAUUCUUGUGAAAUUAUAGAUCUACCCCAGAGGGCAAGAGAACUGUCACAGGAAGAAUGGAAGGGGACCAGUUGGAAGCCUUGGACUUCCCUUCAGAAGCUUUGCACCCUGAGGUGACCGUGGUAGUGACAGGAGAACCCCCUGGCGCUAUAGAAGAAGAAUCAGAAAAUGAAGAGGAGGAAGAGACCCCCGCAGAAGUCAUAGAUUUACUGUCCCUGCUGGACGUGCUGAGGGUCUCCGCGGUUAUGGAGGACAUCAUCGACCAGCUCUCUAUCCUAGGCUACAUCAUCCCAGUUCAGUACGAAAGGAAGCAGAGCGUCAGCCAGAAAUCCAGCCACGAAGGAACAUCUGUGGUCUCAAGUGCAAGGAAAACAUCUCUUACUAAAGAAAGAUCCGCAGUCCCAGAAACCAAACAACGAGGCCUGGAUUCUGUCCUUAAAAAACCUACCAGACAGACCAUGAUGACUCUGGAGACACUGAAGAAGAUUCAGAACGACAGGCAAUAUUUCAGUGACGUGAUUGCCAACGCCAUGAGCGAGAUGCAGGAUUCGGGCUCUUUCAAGAGUCUCCUGGAAGCCUUGGGCACAGAGAGAGAUAAAAAGAUGAACUUCCACGAAGCCAUCACAAGGGAGGAAAAAGGAAGAAGAGAGAUAAAAUCUCUUCAGAAACAGUUAAUUGAUGUCAAAAGGGAACGUCAAAUGCAAGUCCAGAAUGGAAACGAAUACAUUGCUCACCUCAAGGACCAGUUACAAGAGAUGAAGGCCAAAACCAACUUGGAGAAUCUUUAUAUGAAAAGAAAUACUGAGCUGCAGAUUUCCCAGACCCAGAAGAAAUGUAACAGAGCAGAGGAACUCUUACUGGAGGAGAUUGAGAAGCUGAGGAUGAAAACUGAAGAAGAGAACCGAGUUCACAUGGACAUCGAAAUGUUCCUUAAAAAAGAGCAGCAGAAACUUGAGGAGAAGCUAGAGUUCUGGAUGGAGAAAUUUGAUAAAGAUACAGAAGCAAAACAGAAUGAGUUAAAUGCUCUCAAGGCUGCCAAGGCCACCGACCUAUCACACCUUCAGGACCUUGCCAAGACGAUCCGGGAGUAUGAGCAGGUCAUCAUUGAGGACCGGAUGGAAAAGGAGAAGACCAGGAAGAAGAUGGAGCAGGAUGACCUGGAGCUGAAGAGCAUCGUGAAGCUCCAGGCCUGGUGGCGAGGUACAGUGGUCCGGAAGGAAAUUGGAGGUUUCAAAAUGCCCAAGAAAGAGAAAGAUGACGGCAAAGAUUCCAAAGGCAAGGAGAAGGAUAAACGGAGAGGCAAGAAGUGAAGAGUGACAAAUGCCUGUUGUCCUUUUGUCUGGUCUCGAGACAUCAGUGAUGAAGACCUUCACCCAGGACGCCUAGGGAGGUCACCAGGCCUGUUACCCUCUUAAUCAAACCCCGAAUGGGGGCUAUACCAUGGCUGUAGGGCUUCUUCAGACUGUGGACUUGGGGGAAGACACGUUGAGUAGCUUUGUGAACAUUCUCAUCAGAAAACAGUUCAUCAGCUUACAGUGAUGUACUACAAACGUGUAAUAUUUGAUUCUGAUUUAAUGCCCUAUGAUUAAAGUGAAAACUGUUAUAAACAAA